AUGGCCGGGCCGCCCGCGGGACUCGGCAGCAGGAAAACACCGAGCGCUGCGUGUUUAAAGGGAGCCGGCCCCGCUUGCCCGUGCGGCGCCUCGGCCCGGCCCGCGCCGCCCUCAGGGAGCCGAGCGGAGCUGCGGGAGCGCGGGGAGCGGCACCGAGUGCGGUUCGACCGCACUGCAUCCAGUAAUAGCCGAGCUGUGCCGGUUAGAUCCGAGUGUAGCCGAAGAGCCGAAAACACCCGAGGAUCUCCGAACAGCCGAAAAGAGCCGAGCAUUGCCGAGAUCGGCCGAGUUAAGCUGAACGGCCGAAAAUGGCCGAGUGCAACUGAUAACAGCCGAACCCAACCGCGUUUAGCCGACUGGAACGGAGUCGAACCGAACAAGCCCCGCCGAACCUCGCCGAGUUCGCCCGGUUUGGACCCUAUAGCCGCGGCCGAACCAAGGCUCUGCUGCAGGUGUAUUCGAGACAUCUUUCCUCUUUGUUUGACAGAAGGAAGAGGGAAAAAAAAAAAAAAAAAAAAAAGAGGAAGAAAAAACGGGAGCAGUUCCGGGGCGGUCCCGGGGCGGUCCCGGGGCGGUGUGCGCCGUCACUGCCGCCUUCUCGGCGGGCGAUUCCAAGGCGCUGUCGGGCUCGCUGCCGGCCCGUCGGCGGGCGGGCGGCCGGGACGCGAUGGCGCUGUGCCCGGAGCUGGAGCGCUCGCUGUCGCUGCUGCAGCCGGGCGCCGGCCGGGCCCGGCAGCAGCAGGAGCGGCGGGCGGACGCGGCCCCCACGCCCAUGGUGUUCAUGUGCGCCGGCUGCAGGCGCCCCGUGGGCGACACCCGCACCUGGGGUUCAGUGUCGAGGACAGCGGUCCCAUCCUGCUGCGCAGUGAGUACCAGCGCUGCCACCCCCGCGCCGCCGCGGUCGCUGCCGCCGUGCCUCCUUCCCUGCCUCCCGCCGCAGCUGCGGCCGCCAGCGUCGCUGUGGACCCGGGGCGGAAGGGCUCCGAGCUCCCCGGAGAGUGCGGAUGCAUGGUAGAAACCCUACUCUGCUCUGGCUGCUCCAGGACCCUUGGCAGCAGAUACAUGCACGCCUCAAGGCAUCUCGACUGCAAGAGGGAUUUGUUCUGUGUCCGUACUGACUCUGUUGAAAGCUGUAGGCCAGGAACCCUGGAAAAGCAAGCUCGCAUUCAUGAGGAGCCGCUUCCUCUUGAAAGCCCAGCUGUCUUGCAAGAGGUGCCGCACAGGGUAGGAAGAGUUGGGAGCGAACAGUCUGAGGAAGUGGACUGUGGAAGCUGAAGGUUGUCCAGCCAAAGCUGAGUGUGUGGCUCUGACACUGACCAAGGCUGGAAAGAGUUACUGUGUGGACAGAGAAUGUUAGAGCCGGGUGAGCUUUCACAGGAUGAAAGAAGCGAGGAGAGAAUCGAAUGGAAAGAAUUGCUGAGAUCAGGCAGCUGGCAAAAGAGGAGAGAGCCCCUGCGAGGCAGAGCCCCUGGAAUGCCCUGUCCCGGUCUGAGGUUCCCACUUUUCUCUCCAACUCCCGGAGAAUUGCUGGAGCAGAACCAGAGAGUGUCCAUUUUAUUUCCUGCCUUUUCCAAUAAACGGUGACUUUCAGCUGGAGUGUGUUCCUGGUGUCAUCCUCCUCCUCCUCCUCCCUGGAUUUGUAAAUAAAUGUCCUGAUUUUGGCCAAGGAGAAUUUUGUUGUUCCAGGCAUUGUGGCUCUUUUGUUUCAUUGAAACUUCCCAACUCUGCUGAGACUUUGAGAUGUCAAAUACAAGUAAGACUGGAGUUUCUUGGGAUUGUUACUCACACAAAAUAGGGAUCCUUCUUGGACAGGAGUAACUUGACGUGUUUAAUGCCGCUUCCCUUUAAAAUCAGAGCAGGGGAAGCAGAUUUGAAAUCAUCAUUCCAUGAACUUGCACCAAAUUCCUCCAAAGCUGCAAAAGUUUUCCUUGUUAGAAAUUCCUGAGCUUGUUUUCCAGGCAAGCUGGGAUUUAGAUGUUCUUUGUUCCUUGGAUUUGCUGGUUUUCCUCUCUCUCAUUUUAGUAAAGGAUUUUUUUUUUUUUCAUAUUUUCCAUGCUGAUUGGAAUUUUUGUACUGCUCAGGGCACAUUGCCAAGGAAAUGUACCAAUUUCAUGUUGGUAAAUCAGGCAUUGUUCAGCACCAUAUGCCCACAAGUCUGUAAAUUCCCAGGGAAACUUGCUAAGUGUUGAAUUGCCAUAAUGAAUCUCUUUGUAAAGUUGAUUAUACUUUUUUAUUUUUAAUUACUUUGAAUUUUUUAUGUAGGGUUUUUUUUUAAUAAGUGAGGUCUUUUUGUAUUUUUAAAUUUUUUCUUUCAAAAAUUUUCUAUUUUAAUUUUUCCUUUGUAAUUUUUCCUUUGUAAUUUUUCCUUUGUAAUUUUCCUAUUUUAUUUUUUUCCUUUUUAUUUUUUCCUUUUUAUUUUUUUCCUUUUUAUUUUUUCCUCUUUUUUUCUCUCUUUAACUUUUUCCUUUUUAAUUUUUUCCUUUUUAUUUUUUUCCUUUUUAAUUUUUUCUUUUUUAAUUUUUUCCUUUUUAUUUUUGCUUUUUAUUUUCUUUCUAAUUUUUCCUUUUUAACUUUUUAAUUUUAUUUUUUUCUGUGUUUUACUUGAAAUUUUAUUUGAAAACUUUUUUUUUUUCUUCAUGUUUUCUUUGUGUUGGUGUGUUUUGUUUUGCUUUGGUUUGGUUUGGUUUGGUUUUUUCCUCUCUCUCUACUCUUUUAUCUACUUUUUUAUAGCCCAAGUAUGUAGAAGUUUGGCUGGUGGGAACAGAGGAGGUGACAAAUGAAAUCCAUGUCCACUCCACGUCCGGAUAGAAUUGAGAGUGCAGCUAGAGAAAUCUCUGUAUUUUCUGCUAAAUUAGAAAUCCUGAACAGAGAAAGCUCUAAAGACCAAGGGGCCUUCUUUUUUCUUUUUCCUUUUUCCCCCGAACAAUUCUCAUUGUAGCCAUUUACAGGAUCAGGAACAUUACCUUGAAAUCGAGGUGUAUUUCACAGGUAGCGAGAAAACAAAGUAGACUUGAUCUUGUAACUCUCAUUGUUUAGUAACAAAGAAAUCCAAAACAAAACAAACAUUAAAAAAAAAAAAAAAAAAAUCCACCAACCCCACAAAAGAA